CACCUAGAAUAGUUGGUAGAAUAGUUUCUUAUCAUAGGAAAUUUCUCCGGCGCUUCCCAGAAAAAAACCGCAAUGCAACCAAGGUGUCUUCCGUGACUCUGGCCCGUCUAUAAAUCCUCCAGAAUCACAUUGGUUAGACACUAAUCUUCAACUCGAUUGGUAUACUUUAGCUCCUAAAGAUGGACAGCAGGGACUCAAUGGAUGGAAGGACGGUGUCGACCACCGAUAGAGGUAAUGUUGUCGAGUGGUUGCUUGGGGCUGAAUUCGAGGUGUUCUUGAAUUUUAGAGGGCCCGACACUCGCCUGAAUUUUGCCGACUGCCUCUAUCACUCCUUGGACGGAGCUGGGAUUUGCGUUUUCAGAGACAAUGAAGAGAUCAGAAAAGGUGAAGCAGUCGGAUGUGGCCUGGAACACGCGAUCCAGAGUUCCAAAAUCUGUAUGCCCAUCUUCUCUAGAAACUACGUGUCCAGUGCGUGGUGUCUUCGCGAGCUUGCAUGCAUGGUGGAUUGCUCGAGAAACAGAGACCGCAAAGUGAUGAUCCUACCUGUUUUCUUCGACGUGAGUCCCGACGAUGUCAAAUUGAAAACCGGUCUAUACCAUGACGCUCUGCAGAAGCACGAGGAGAAGUUCGGCUGCCAUAUGGUGCAGCGAUGGAAAGAGGCUCUGAGGGAGGUCGGUCUUAUCAAGGGAUGGGAUCUCAAAGAUAGAGGACAAGGUGAACUUAUUAGAUCAAUCGUUGCUGAAGUUUUGAUCAAGCUGAAUAAAAGAGACAAACAUCUGCCCGAUCAUUUGGUCGGGAUUCAUGAUCAUGUUGAAGACGUCAUGCGCUUAUUAGAUGAAGGUUCUCCUGAUGUACGUUACAUAGUAAUUCACGGAAUGGGAGGCAUCGGUAAGACGACUCUUGCCAAGGUUGUCUUUAACCAAAUUUCUAGUCGGUUCCAUGGCUGUAGCUUUCUUUCGGAUGUUCGAGAAGCUUCAAAGGACGGCAAAGUUGUUCAAUUGCAAAAACAACUAUUGUCAGAAAUUCUAAACUUCAAGCCAGUGGAGAUUUCUGACUCUGAUGCAGGGGUUAACCAAAUUAAAAGGAGAUUCCGUGACAAGAAAGUGCUUGUAGUUCUUGACGACCUAAGUAAGUGGGAUCAACUCACAAAACUUGCAGAAAAGCGUGAUUGGUUUGGUCAAGGGAGCAGGAUUAUUAUUACAACGAGGGACACCAACUUUUUGCCGAUCGGGGAGGAGAACCAACAAAAUAGUGUCCCAAUGCAUUUCAAAGAGUUUAAAAUCUAUCAAAUGAGAGAGUUGCCCCAUUGCCAUGCUCUUCAGCUUUUUAGUAAGCAUGCUUUCAGAAUGGAUUCCCCUCCACAUGACUAUGAUGAUAUUUCUUGCGAUAUCAUUCAUAAAGCUGGUGGACUUCCUUUGGCUCUCGAGGUCAUCGGUUCCUCUCUUUAUCGCAAAAGUGAAAAACUUUGGAAAGACACAUUGAAGAAAUUAAAUAUGGUUCCUAAGCAGGAUGUCCUUGACAAAUUAAAGAUUAGUUUUGAAAUGCUUGAAGAUGCACAGAGAGAAAUUUUUCUUGAUAUUGCAUGUUACUUAAUUGGUGAAGAAAGAAUCCAUCCACAUUAUAUGUGGAAAGCCAUGGACUUUUUCCCAAGAAGUGAUCUUGUUGUUCUUACCCGUAUGUCUUUGAUAAAGAUUGAUAAUGAUAGAUUGUUGAUGCAUGACCUCCUAAGAGAUCUUGGAAGAGAAAUUGUCCGACUGGAAGAUCUCAAAGUUCCUGGAAAGCGGAGUAGACUAUGGUGUCCCAAGGUUGCAUUGGACGUAGUGCAGACAAGAAAGGGAACAGAAAACCUCAUCGCACUCAAACUAACUGGCCUUUCCAAAGAGCGCGACUUUACAAGUGAUGAGUUUUCAAGGCUUCCUAGCUUAAGGUUCUUGGAAUUAGAGGGGGGCAACUUGGUAGGAGACUUUAAGAAUCUUCUCUCGAGUCUAAGAUGGCUCUCUUGGCGUCGUUGCCCUUUGGAGUUGCAGGCAGUCAAUCUAUGUUUAUGGAACUUAAUCGUGCUCAAGCUUUCGGACAGCGACAUUCCGGAGAACUGGAAUGAAUGGGGCCCAUGCUUGGCGAAUCAUGACUUGAAAGUUUUACAUCUCAUGAGAUGCCAUCUCUCAACAACUCCUGACUUCUCAACGUGCCUGAAUUUGAAGAUACUGGUUCUCGACGGACAUUGUCCAAUGUCGCUACAAAUUGAUGGCUCUAUCGGUAAGCUAGAGCGCCUGAAGCACUUGGAAAUAACUGCAGCCCAAGUUCAGCCGUCAAGGCUGUCAGCAGUCCUCCAUUUUGACCUGUUCGCGGUGCCUUCUGCAAUAUGCGGUCUAAAGUACUUGUCAAGCCUAAAGCUAGAGGGGCAGUGUAUGCAAGAGCUUCAUCCUUCUGUUGGAGAGAUGGCGGGAUUGACGUGCUUGUCUUUAAGGGGCUGUCAUCGGCUUAGAAAGCUUCCAGAAUCCAUUGGGAGAUUGAGAUCGCUGCUGCUAUUGAAUUUGCUCUACACAAGAAUCAAAGAGUUACCUGAUUCUAUUGGAGAUCUCAAAAGGUUGGAGGGAAUGAAUCUGGGAUUCACUCAGAUAAGGGAGCUGCCCAGCUCUAUUGGAGGACUAAAAUCAUUGCUCGGCCUAAACUUGCAGAGUGCAAAGAUUACAGCACUGCCCGCUUCUAUUGGACAUCUUAAAAAGCUUGAGCGCUUAUUUAUGGCUGGGAGUAAGAUAAAAGAGCUACCGAAGGCCAUAGGGAUGCUGGAGAAUCUUAAAGUGUUGGAAUCCCGCAACUGUAAAAAUCUGGACGGGGAAAUCCCAAGUGAGAUUGGGCGAGUAUCCUCUUUGGAGGUGCUCGACGUAUCGGGUAGCAAGGUGAGCAGAGUGCCAACCAACAUUAGUCAGCUAUCUCAUCUCCAAGAACUUCGUUUCGGAGAUUGUCACAAGCUUGAAAGGUUGCCAGAACUUCCUGCAAGUCUAAAAGUUCUGUGUUUCGGAGCUGGGACUGUGCUUGGCACCCCUGGACAAACUUCAUCCAAGGCGAUGGGUAAGUCAGCAAAGAUGGAGGAUUGGAAUAUCACAUGGCCUCCUCAGCUUUGAGCCCUGAGCAUAUACUGUGAU